UUAAAAAUCCUCUUUUAUCACAAAUGCUUUCAGUUCCCAUGGCACAUUCAUCAAGUCCUAUGGCAACUCAGUGUGUGUCCAAGGUGGAGCUGACGGUCUCCUGUGACAACCUGCUGGACAUGGAUGUGGGGUCCAAAUCCGACCCGCUGUGUGUCCUGCUCAAUGCAUCUGGAAACCAGUGGUUUGAAGUCGAUAGAACUGAGAGGAUUAACAACUGCCUGAACCCAAAAUUUGCUAAGAAGUUUGUCGUUGAUUACUACUUUGAGAUCGUUCAGAAACUCAGAUUUGCAGUUUAUGAUAUUGACAAUAAAACCAUCGAUUUAAGUGAUGACGACUUCCUGGGCGAGUUUGAGUGCUCGUUGGGUCAGAUUGUUUCCAGUAGCAAGCUGACGAGACCUUUGGUGCUGAAGAACAAAAAACCUGCAGGAAAGGGAACAAUUACGAUCAGUGCAGAGGAAAUCAAGGACAACAGAGUUGUGAAUUUUGAAGUGGAGGCCAGAAAAUUAGACAAAAAGGAUUUCCUUGGAAAAUCAGACCCGUACCUGGAAUUUUACAGGCAGACGGAAACAGGCUGGCAGCUUGCUCACAGAACUGAGGUGGUAAAGUAUAACUUGAAUCCUUGCUGGAGGCCUUUUAAAAUCCCUCUACGGUCUCUUUGUGCAGGGGACAUGGAGAAACCAAUCAAGGUUGAAUGUUACGAUUAUGACAACGAUGGAUCUCAUGAUUUGAUAGGGAUUUUUGAGACCAAUAUGAAGCGACUUCAAGGGGCCUCCCGCACAGCUCCGGCCGAGUUUGACUGUAUAAACAGUAAGAAGAAACAGAAGAAGAAAAAUUAUAAGAACUCUGGAGUUGUGAGUGUGAAAGUUUGUCAGAUUACCAAGGAAUACACCUUUCUAGACUACAUCAUGGGAGGCUGCCAGAUAAAUUUCACUGUGGGCGUUGACUUCACAGGGUCAAAUGGUGACCCCAGGUCUCCUGAAUCUUUACAUCACAUCAGUCCUCAAGGUGUGAAUGAAUAUCUCUCAGCCAUCUGGUCAGUUGGCCUGGUGGUCCAGGACUAUGACAGUGACAAAAUGUUUCCUGCUUUUGGAUUUGGCGCCCAGAUUCCUCCUACAUGGCAGGUGUCGCACGAGUUUCCUCUCAACUUCAAUCCUGCAAAUCCAUUCUGCGCAGGUGUGGAGGGAGUGGUGGAGGCCUACAGGAUGUGCCUUCCUCAGGUCAAACUUUACGGCCCUACGAACUUCUCUCCUAUUAUUAACCACGUGGCUCGUUUCGCACAGCAGGCUUUGCAGCAGAAGACGGCGUCGCAAUACUACGUCCUGCUGAUCAUCACGGAUGGAGUGAUCACAGACAUGGAUCAGACGCGUGGGGCCAUAGUCGCCGCCUCACGCUUGCCCAUGUCGAUCAUCAUCGUGGGCGUAGGCAAAGCUGACUUCACAGACAUGGAGAUUCUGGACGCAGAUGACGGACGUCUGAAGUCGAUCACGGGAGAAGCGGCUGUGCGUGACAUCGUGCAGUUUGUGCCCUUCAGGAAUUUCCAGAACUCUCCUAAAGAGGAGCUCGCUAAGUGUGUUCUGGCAGAGGUUCCUGGUCAGGUCGUCACCUUUUUUAACAUGAUGAAGAUUCUACCUCCGAACUCAAACACUCCAGUGGAUGCUCCAAAUGAGCCGACACAGAAGUGAAGGUCCUGUUGCUAACAACUAAACAUCAUCAUCAUCACCACCAUAAUGUUAAUCUAACUUUAGGCUUUCUUGAAGAGAUUUACCACUUGGUUUGAAAAUCAGUUUUAAAUUAGUUAACUUUUUUUU